AUGGCCGAUCUCAACAAAAUCAUACGAGAAUUAUGGCGGAAAACCUAUCGAGGCAACGAUAUCGAUUAUAUUGAGAUAUGUAGUGAAGCCGAGGCGGCCGGUUCAGAUGCUGCAGCGAGUAAUGCGAGCCGAGCACGACGUACUUACAACUACCGAGUUGUCAUGGUGAAGACAAUCGGAAGUGGAAAUGUCGUGGGUCCUACGGCUGGUGCGCGUUCUAAGCGCGCAGACUUUCACGAAGCUCGAUUGGAUAUGCGCGGUCGUUGUUCCGCCGGGCAAAAAGUCCUGGCCAGUCUGAUUAUCCGUCUCGCAUUGGCUGAGGUAUUUUGUCUGCAUUGUGGUGUGCUUGCUUUGGACGAGCCGACCACCAAUUUGGAUAGGGAAAAUAUCGGUAGUCUGGCGGAGGCCUUGGUCGAGAUCAUCAAGGACCGAAGAGAACAAAAGAACUUUCAACUGGUAGUCAUUACUCAUGACGAAGAGUUUGUUGAGCUUCUUGGGCGUUCAGACUUUGUGGAAAAAUUUUAUCGUAUUUCAAGAAAUGUGCAGACUCUCGGAGAUCUGUCCGAAGCCGAUAACGGAAUGUUUCUACUAGACCGCGAGCUUUAUCCGCUGUUCACACUCGUUCAGGACCCACCUCGACCCGUAUCAGUCUCAUCUCGUAUUCCUUGA